UGGAAACUCAAGACAGGACACAUGUAUGAACAUAUGCAUUCGGGGAUACGCUCAGACUUCAGGGCAUGCGUUUGUAGUGAACGUGUUUAUUAUGUCCCCUCUCGGCGGCGAGGCGAGGGCGGCGUGUUUGUCUUGAGAGGGAGGCAGGGGUUACCGUGGUAACAGACAUGCCAAAGCCGGACCUGCUCUGCCUCGUUCAGCUGCUGGACGGCACCAUCGAGACCUUCAGAGUCAGCAAGCAGGAUGAAGGCUUGGUUCUGUUGGACCUGGUAUUCAACCACCUGGGCCUGCAGGAGAAGCAGCUCUUCAGUCUUCAGAUCAGAGAGUCGAGCACCGCCAUCGCCUCCAUCACAGCCAACACGCUGUCUCCUCGAUGGGUAGAGCCAGAGAAGCCCUUCAAGAAGCAGAUAAAAGGUCUUGCCUCCCCCUUUUAUCUGACCUUCAGAGUGCGGUUCUUCAUCUCUGAUCCCAACUCUCUGCAGCAUGAGCAGACCAGGCACCUGUACUUCCUCCAGAUCAGGAGCGACAUCAGGGAAGGACGGUUGCAGUGCCCGCUGAGUGCAGCUGUAGUGCUGGCUUCUUAUGCUGUGCAGUCGGAGAUGGGGGAUCACUGUCCAUCCAGACAGCCGGGGUACCUCUCAAAAUGCCACUUCAUUCCCGAACAGGAUGAAGACUUUUUGUCUAAAGUGGAAGACCUGCAUCCGCAGCACAAGGGGCUUAAGCAGAGCGAGGCGGAGCUGUGUUUUCUCAACACUGCACGGACGCUGGAGCUGUAUGGAGUGGAGCUGCAUGCUGCCACAGACACCAACAAUACGCCUCUAAUGGUGGGUUUGGCCUCCAGUGGUGUUGCAAUGUUCUGCAAUAUGAUUUGCUCCAGUUUCUUCCCCUGGGGGAACAUCAUCAAGAUAUCUUAUAAGAGGAGACGCUUCAUUGUUCACCUAAAACGUAAACAUGGGGAAACCCAAGACUGUGAGGUGUCUCUAAACCUGCCCUGCCCCAAGACGUGUAAGAACUUAUGGCGGUCCUGUGUGGAUCACCACUCCUUCUUCUCAUCCAGCCGGACUGCCAAGAGCCCCAAAUACAACAACAGCACAGUUAAGGGCUACAAGCAGCUCAUAACGCAGCACCUGGGCCUGAGCAACAGUAAAACUGAGGAAGGUCCAGUGUGCCAGAAGGUCGUAGGGGGGAUGGUGUGGAACCCGGUUCUGCGGAGGUCUAUUUCGUCAGAGCAUCUCGAGACCAAGAGUCUGCCCUCCAGAUCGCCGCCAUCAACCCCCAACUGGAGAAGUCCCCGAGUUCGCCAUGAGAUCAGAAAGCCUCGUCCGUCAUCGGUGGAGCUCAGCACGGACCUGAAAGACAUGUCAGAGGGGGAGGAUGUCUUCUACACGUACAGGGCCUCUGUGGGCAGCAGCAAGGACAGCGAAGGAGACGCAUCGCCUCAUCACUUUUCUGGUCCUAACAGUCAAGGAUCUGGUGAGGGUUUGGUGCAGACUGAAGACAGCAUCGGGGAAGAAGACAGCCCGUUCCACAACAACAAGGAUGCUCUUGGUGAUGGCGACCUGAUGCUGAUAUGCAUCACUCCAGACCACGAGGGGAAAUUUGGCUUUAAUGUGAAAGGAGGAGUGGAUCAGAAGAUGCCUCUGUCCAUAUCUCACGUUAAACCGGACUCCCCGGCCGGUCGAUCUGAACCCAGACUGCAGGAGGGCGAUCUGGUCCUGCUCAUCAACGGUCGGGACAUUUCCGAACACACACACGACCAGGUCGUCAUGUACAUCCGAGCCAGCCGAGAGUCGCACUCCAGGCAGCUGGCUCUGCUCAUAAGACGUAAAGGUUCGGGCCGGGUCAUGCCUCAGCUGCAACUGUCUUUCGCCGCCCUCUCGCUCACCAUCCCAGCACAGGAAAACAAGCCUCAGUCCCCGGGUCAGCUGGAGCGGGUCACCACGUUGGAGGAAUCCAUGAAGCAGCUAGAGAGAGGGAUACAGUCUGGCACGCUGUCCUUCCAUUUUGAGAAUUUAUACAAGAGGAAGCCUGGUCUGUCCCUAAGCUGUGCACGGCAACCUGAGAACCAGGAAAAGAACCGCUACAGAGACGUCUUGCCUUACGACGACACCCGAGUGGUGCUGCUGCUGGGGAAGGAAGACUACAUCAAUGCCAGCCACAUCACGGUGGCACCCCCUGAGUCUGGAGUGUGUUUACGUUACAUUGCAGCUCAAGGUCCACUUCCACAGACCUGCACUCACUUUUGGCAAACUGUAUGGGAGCAACAGACGCACACCAUCAUCAUGCUUACAACUCUAACAGAGAGGGGACGGACCAAGUGCCACCAGUACUGGCCGCAUCCGCCGGAGGUGAAGGAUUACGGCCACUUGUCGGUGAAGUGUCACUCAGAGGAGUGCAACCUGGCGUACGUGACGAGGCAGUUCACUCUGAGGCACAAAAAGUUAGCAGAAGAGUUUUCAGUCACACACCUGCAGUACGUCGCGUGGCCGGACCACGGCGUACCCGACGACCCCUCGGACUUCCUGCUCUUCAUCAGCUCGGUGAGGGAGAGGAGGAAAGCCACAGAGCCGCUGAUGGUACACUGCAGUGCUGGGAUUGGGCGGACAGGUGUCCUGAUCACCAUGGAGACGGCGCUGGGCCUCAUAGACGCGGGUCGGCCAAUUUUUCCGCUGGACAUUGUGAAAACACUAAGAGACCAGCGAGCCAUGAUGGUUCAGACCACGUGUCAGUUCCAGUUCGUGUGUGAAGCCGUUCUUCGAGUCUACAAAGAGAAAGAGGAGAAAUCCAAAGCACCGUAAUCCGGAUCGACGAUGGGACCAAACCAGACGCGCUGCUCUGCCUCUGUUAACAGGAGGGACUUCUGCAGAGAUCCAGCAGAUUAAACUCUGCCAGGCUUAUGGCGCUAGAACACGCACUGGAUAAUGAGAGUGUAACAAGCUUCAGAGCACAGCUGUCUGUGACGAGAGGGAGAAACAGAGAGUACGAAUAUUAAACAUAGUUGGCCUUAGAUUAUGCUAAAAGGUACAGUAAGCUUAUAGAGGCUGUGGUCUCCAUAGAGACUGAUGUAGGACUGACGUGAGCUGCUAAUUUCUGUUCAAGAGGCGUCUCAGGAGGGACAUUUCCACUUGUUAAGCUACAUGUGCCUUAGACUGAAGCUUCCCAAUCAAUGAGUCCAUCAAGGGUGGCAGAGGCCAAGUCAGACGGUUGUGAUGUGUAGUUUAUCUCCGACUCCUGAGAUGAGGAGCAGCGCUGACUUCAGAUGGCUGCAGCAGGUAUCAGGUCAAGGAGGGAGCAGAGCUGUUUCGUGACUGCCAGAGGAUCACCAGAUUUACUGUUCAUCACUUUUUAAAUUAUUCAAACUCUAAAUAAACUCACUGAUUUAUACAGAU